GGCUAAAAGAGCUGUGAUGGCAGAGACCUUGGCUUGCUGUGAAUUGAUGAUGGAGGCAUCAUAUUCUUUGCGGCGAGCUUGAAUCGCGCCAGACGCACGGGCCACACCGACUCUGGCGAAGUUUCUUGGGCUAGCCGCUUCUUGCUCCAGCCACCGCGACCUUCUCUCGUUGUCCUAACCAUCCUCACCUCACCUCCUGACGACAUCUGUUUUCUGGAUAGAACGGUUUCGCUCAUAGAUAGCUAUUUCUGUGUUGCGGUGCCAGACAGGGAUAGAAAUCACUCACAAUGUCUGCAUCACCAGAGGCUGAGGCCCAAUCUCCAGCACUGGACCGGGAUGAGCUGCAAGAGGAGCUUGAUGACCUCAACGACACAGGCGCAGCUGGGGAUGACGAGCCAGACCUUUCUGACGAUGAAUCCGUACUGUCAGAAGUCGACGAAGCGCAAUUUGAAGACUUUAACCCCGAUGACGUUGAUAUCGAGGACCGUCCAGCAUUAGAUGUCGACGCUGAGAACCUGAAGCUUAUUGGCCGCCAUAAGCGCAAGAGAGAAGAUGGCGAACCGAGAAGACAUAGGGAGGGCCGCCGAGAGAAGAAGAAACGCAAUCAGGCGGACUCGGAUGGUGAAUCAGGUGACGGGAAGGCGACUCGUCGAAGAUCAGCGAAGGCUAAGAGGGCUGCCACGCCAGAGGAUGAUGAGACGCUAAGCCCUGAAGAACGACGACGACGUGCCCUGGACCGCGCUUUGGACGCCUCCAUGAAGAAGCCACAGAGACGCAGGCGAAAAGCUGAUGGCAUUGAUCUGGAACAAAUGGCAGACCAAGAGAUUGAAGACAUGCGAAAACGCAUGACGGACGCUGCCCGACUUGAUGCUGCAGCCCGCCGAGAGGGCCAACCCGCCAUGCACAAACUCAAGAUGUUACCAGAGGUUUUGAAUCUGUUGAAUCGCAACCAGUACACUGCUAGUCUGGUAGACCCCGAAAUCAAUCUUCUGGAAGCUGUGAAGUUUUUCUUGGAGCCACUCGACGAUGGCGAGCUACCUGCAUACAACAUUCAGCGUGACUUGCUGGAUGUGCUUGGCAAGCUUCCUAUCAACAAAGAUACUCUCAUCGCUAGUGGUAUUGGCAAAGUCAUUGUUUUCUACACUAAGAGCAAGAAACCCGAGCUCAAGAUCAAACGACAGGCGGAACGACUCCUUGCAGAUUGGACUCGCCCGAUUCUCCAGCGAUCUGAUGAUUACUCUAAGCGAGUCUAUGAAGAGGUUGAAUUUGAUCCUACGCGCCUUGUCAAUCGCAAUAUUGCGCAACGUACCGCCGAAGAAGCGCGUGCCCAGGAACUUCUGCCGCCACGUUUGGCUAAUCGUGCUCGUCGCGAGAUGGGUCACACCUCGUAUAGUAUUGUUCCUCGUUCAACUGUCAUUCAAGACAGCAAAUUCGCCCGUCCCGUCGGAGCAAGCGGAGAAGAUCGUUUCAGAAGGAUGAAAGCACGCCAGCUGAAUGCUGGUAAAGCAUCGCGCAAAUAAUUCGUUCUCAGACAGCCAGUAUGUGUGGCGUUGCCUUUAUUAUCCCAUCGUCUUUUUGUCGACGGUUGGUCGCGAUAUCAUUUACGGCGUUUGUGAGUCUAAGUAUUUAAUCGGAUUGAUAUAUUGGGUUUCUCUUCGGCGCAGCAGUUGACCAGGAAUAUUCAUGGAGUUUUUUUUAUCGUUCGUGCAUGGAUAGUAGCUUGAAUAAUUAGUGCAUACAUGACAAUUUCUCAGCAGCCAGCCGUUGCAUGCGAUAUGACGACAUUCUUCUUUACGACGCUGAAUAAACUCCCUAGUUCUAACGUAAUCUAACGGCCAUCCGCCCACCCCUAUACAUCGUAUAAAAUGGACAUUUUAUA